GUUUGCAAUGGGUCUUAAAACCAUCUGGAAGGACUACAAAGUUCUGAUUGUUAUGGGAACUGGCCUUGGGCUGGUGCACUGGGGUUGGUUUUACAUGAAGUCCAGCCCUAUUUUCCAAGUGAAGACAGAGAAAUUUGUUCCAGAACCUGGCAUUGUGGCAUACGUGAUGCAAAGUGAUCAGAAAAAUAAGGAAAAAUAGCAUUAGUGCUAUGUAUUGUAGGUGUAACUGGCUUUGAAGUUUUUUGUAUGUGGUGUUACCAGAAGAAAACAUGAGGAAAACUACCUGGAACAGAAAGAACCUUCUGCUUGUGGCAGGACUGUCAGUUAUAGGUGUCCAUUUUGGGAGCAUGCUCGUAAACUUUGUUGCAAAAAAAUCUGCUCGAUCGCAUUCAGAAGCUAAAAAGGAAGAUCAUCGUGAAUGAAAUAACUUACUACUGUCAUUAUGUACCGAUCUCACAAUCCUCAUUUUAAGAGAUAAAUGAUGAGCAGUCACAGAAGUGUCAUUAUUGUGGUGUAUGUACCCUCUCACAUUUAAAGUAAUCCUUGGCUGCCAGACAUUAAAAUACACUACUUAAAUUUUAAGAGUGUUAUGAAUUAUAGAUCCAAGUAAAAAUGAAAUCUGUCUUGUUGGUCAGAAUUAAAAUCUCACUUUGAAAAUGG